GAGAGCAGUAGCCGGGCCGGGCACCCCGUCAUGUUGGCGGCUCCUCCCCGCCGCUUGUCCCGGACUCAGGAGAGGAAGCAGGAAGAGAAGCCCGGGGCCCCGGGGAGACAUGGAGUUCAGUGCGGAGCUGAUGCGGCAGCGGCUCGGGAAGUAUAAAUUUCGGGACCUGACCAUCGAAGAGUUAAAGGAUGUCCACCGAGCCUUCCCCAACUUCCUCUAUUCCAUGGACACCUACACAUUUAAAGAUGGAUCUCAGAAGGAUUUGUUGAAUCUCUCAGGAACAGUUCCCAUGAAGUUCCAGGGAAGCUCCUAUAACAUCCCCAUCUGCCUGUGGCUCCUGGAUUCUCACCCGUUCGCCCCACCGCUCUGUUUUCUGAAGCCGACGCAGAUCAUGGGGAUCAGAGUUGGGAAGCACAUAGAUAGUCAUGGCCGGAUCUAUUUGCCGUAUCUGCAGAACUGGAGCCAUCCCAAGUCUACCAUCCUCGGCUUGAUCAAAGAAAUGGCAGCAGCCUUCGAGCAGGAGCUUCCGCUCUAUUCCCUCUCCGCUGAAGAAGCCGCCAGACAGAAGGAACUCCUGUCCUUCAUCUCCCGGGUCACUGAUGGAGUGUCCAGCAUAGACGUCAGUGCGCGAAGUCACAAUAAAGUCACGGUGAUCGGCGGAGGAGACUUGGCUCUGGCUUGUCUAUUGGCCAUAUCGGCAAAGCGGGCUGCGGACAAGUUUGUUCUUCUUGACAUCAGCGAUGGCGGAUCGAAAGGGGGCGGAGCUACGGACCUAGAACUUUUCUCCAUUCCAAAUGUGGAAGUUAGCAAAGACCUGUCCUCUGUUGCUGGCUCCAAGGUCAUAGUCAUAACGGUGAAUGCAUGGAGUAACGCCCAGUCCUAUUUGGAGGUCCUACAAAGCAACGUGGACCUGCUGCGUGGAUUUGUACCGGCCGUGUCCUAUUAUUGCCCAGACAGCGUGUUGGUCAUCGCUUCCCAGCCUGUGGAGAUUAUGACCUAUGUAGCCUGGAAGCUGAGUGGUCUACCGCACAGACAAGUCGUCGGGAUCGGAUGUAACCUGGAUACUGUGAGGUUUCAGCGUAUCGUACAGACAAUGGCCAAUUCUUCUGAGGAGUCACAGACCGGAUGGGUCAUCGGGGAGCAAGGGGCCGACAAAGUCACCUCGUGGGGAGAUUCUAAUCCUGCAAAUAAUCACACGACGUCCGCAAAAAUCUAUCCCAAGCUUUUCCAGGAGCAGCUGACAAACAGAGCAAUGGAGGUCAUGAAAGGUAAAGGUCAGAGGUCAUGGUCUAUCGGUCUUUCUGUAGCAGAUAUUACGGACACCAUUGUGCAAAAUAAAAAGAAGAUUCACUCUGUUUCUUCACUUGCUAAGGGAUUCUUCAGCAUUCAGAAGGAGGUGUUUCUGAGCGUUCCCUGCGUGCUGGGACAAGGCGGGGUGCUGGAGACCCCCCAGAUCCUACAACAUGAAGAUGACGUAUCUGAGACCCUCCAUAAAAGUGCAGCUUCUAUAUACGACCUGCAGCAGCAGCUGAGCCUGUGAUCUGCGCCAGGAGUCGGACUUCAUGCUGGGCGCAGCGCCGAGGUGUAAUCUCUGCCGGGCAGAGUCAUAUCACCGCCAUCUUGGGGCAUGAACAAGAGGACGGGGGGGUGAUUUGCUUCUAUUUCCCAUUUCCAAUGUUACCUUCACACACGGUCGGUGACCACUCUGCACACGUGACCCAUUGGUUGGCGAUCCUGUUGAGGCCGAUGCGUCAAUAUUUUAUAUUCUAUAUUUAAUAUUCUUUAUAUUCUGAUUUUCGGUUUGUCCUCCCUGAGGAAACUAAAAUCCUGUUACUUUUCUAUGGCCUGAGGUGGAUGAUGGUUCUGCGGCACCCUGGGAUCCUCUGCACCACAUUCUGUCAGUGAUUCUGGCCUGAAUUUAUCAAUGCCUGAUGCCAGAAACUGUUGUGGAAAAGUCACAAGAUUGGUGACAAUUUUUAGCUAAAAACUAUGCAAAAAAAAAAGAAAAAUUGAUUAAAAACAAAAAAAUCCCCCCCAGAUUGACUAAAAUGACACUAAAUGUUGGGGUCCAUAGAUGGAAAUUGUGUGUAAAUGUGACAAUCGUAUAGUGUUCUGUAUACAAAGUUGCACGUGAAAACUUCGCUAUGGAAGCUGUAACACAGUGUUUUCCAACCAGGGUGCCUCCAGCUGUUGCAAAACUUCAACUCCCAGCAUGCCCGGACAGCCUUUGGCUGUCCGGGCAUGCUGGGAGUUGUAGUUUUGCAACAGCUGGAGGCACCCGGGUUGGGAAACACUGCUGUAACCAUAUGAACUUGAGGUUCUCUUGUGUUCUGCACAGGGCUUCUUUAAUUCAGCAUUAAAAUGCUGCUAUGUAUGUAUUAUUGGAUAAUUAUGCAGCAUUGCUUAGUCUUCCUGCUGUAUUGGAGCUCUUCAAGACACUGGGAAAGCUGGGUGGCAUGCAGUACACAGAGAAGGGCUCACAUUACUUUCCCUGCUCCUAAAUAGAAUAUCUGUCCUGUAAAGCAGCCAUAUUGGAGCACUUCAGAUAACUAUGAAAUCCCACCCAGCUUUCCCAUUCUCCUCGAGCCCCAGCAGUGAUAGAGUAUGUUAACACGGCAGACUGUCCGUGCGGAAUUCCAUCGGAAUAUUCCGCCCGGACCCAUUCCGCCGGAGUAUUCCACCCGAACCCAUUCCGCCGGAAUAUUCCGCCCGGACCCAUUCCACAGGAAUAUUCUGCCCGAACCCAUUCAGCCGGAGUAUUCCACCCGAACCCAUUCCGCCGGAAUAUUCCGCCGGGACCCAUUCCGCCGGAGUAUUCCGCCCGAACCCAUUUCGCCGGAGUAUUCCACCCGAUCCCAUUCCGCCCAGAUCCAUUCCGCCGGAAUAUUCCGCCCGGACCCAUUCCGCCGGAAUAUUUUGCACGGACACUCCGCCUGCAACAUUGAUGCAACAUUGAGUCCCAUUGGGGUAUUCGGCUGCACUGUGCACACAGUGAAAUUUCUGCUGCAGAUGUUUCUACUGUGGUAAUCCUGAUUUCACUCAGAAACGCAUUGCAUUCUAUCAGACGGUGCCUUUCCGAGCGGUCCUAGCACCCGCCGGAACUUUGAAAUGUGCGGAAUGUUUGCCCAUGUUUUCCAGGCGGACAGUCCACACGUUUUCCUAUCGUGUGAACAUACAUACCCUCCCUGCACUCUUCACUGCAGCAGCGCUUUUAUGCCCUCUACCUGCCCUCAAACUAACCAUUUUCUGCACCUGCCUACCGGGCAGUUAAAUCAUACUUUACUAUGACGUCAGGAUGUUUAAAACUCCGCAGCCCAAGAGUAACGCGAUCAGGAGAUGUUGUUGUGGAAGUCCCAUAGACUCACAUGUGACUUUCAGUACAUCUCCUGAUCGUGUUAAUCUUGAGCGGCAAAGAUUGUCGGUAUAGUUACUUCUAGAGAUGAGCGAACUUACAGUAAAUUCUA